UUUAUCCUUCUUUUAAUUGUUCUUGAAUAUCUUCUUUCUUGCUGCAUUUUUCUUUAACUUUCUUAUAGUUUUUUUUUUUUUUUUUUUUACUAUAAUUGGGAUCAUAAUUGCUUUGAAGAUAAAAAAGGGGUUGGUUUUUUUGUGAAGAUGGAGCAGAAGAGCCUUUUGUUAUCCGCUUUGAGUAUUGGUGUUGGUGUUGGUGUUGGGUUAGGAUUAGCUUCAGGGCAAAGUUCGAGUAGAUGGGGUGCUUCAGGUUCUUCCAUGGCAGGUUUCUCAGGUGAGGAGAUUUUUCAGGAGCUGAUGAGGCUGGUGAUUGAUGGCAAGCAGAGCAAGAUCACUUUUGAUGAAUUCCCUAAUUAUCUGAGUAAGAGGACUCGGAUGUUAUUGACAAGUGCUGCAUUUGUUCACUUAAAGAACUCUGACAUUUCCAAGCACACCAGGAACCUUUCACCGACUAGUAGAACUAUUUUGCUCUCUGGACCCGCUGAACUUUAUCAGCAAAUGCUUGCCAAGGCCUUAGCCCAGUUCUUUGAAGCAAAGCUACUGAUGUUAGAUAUUCCUGAUUUUUCUUUAAAGAUGCAACAUAAAUAUGGCGUUGGCAGAAAGGAAAAUGCCUUCAAGAGGUCCAUCUCAGAGAAGAUAUUAGAGCGAAUGUCUAGCUUGUUGGGAUUCUUUUCACCACUUUCUUCGAAGGAAGAAGCAAAGGCAACAUUGCUCUGGCAAGGGACUGGUGUGGAGGGUUCUAGUAAUCGUCCACUUCACAGAAAUGCCUCUGCUGCAUCUGAUAUGAGUAGCAUCUCCUCUCUUUCUGCCUCAACAAAUACAGCUUCCCACAAACGCUCAAGCAGCUGGUGCUUUGAUGAGAAACUCUUUCUGCAGUCACUCCACAAGGCAUUGGUUUCAAUGUCAGAAACAGGCUCGGUCAUUUUAUACCUCAGGGAUGUUGAUAGGCUUCUCCUUCAGUCUCAAAGGUUCUACAAUUUGUUUGAGAAAAUGUUGAAGAAACUUCCAGGUUCAAUGGUGAUACUUGGUUCAAGGAUGUUGGAACAAGGAGAUGAUUCCAGGGAUGUGGAUGAGAGGCUCGUGUUGUUUCCUCACAAUAUUGAAAUCAAAGCCCCUGAAGAAGAAAACGAUCUGGUUAACUGGAAAGCUCAACUGGAGGAGGAUAUGAAGACUCUCAAGUAUCAAGAUAACAAGAACCAUAUUGCUGAGGUUCUUGCAGCAAAUGAUCUUGAAUGUGAUGAUUUGGGUUCAAUCUGCCAUGCAGACCCAGUGGUUCUCCGUAAUUACAUGGAAGAGAUUGUAGUUUCAGCUAUAUCUUAUCAUUUAAUGAAUAAUAAGGAUCCUGAAUACAGAAAUGGAAAGCUUGUUAUAUCAUCCCAGAGCUUGUCCCAUGGACUCAACAUCUUUCAGGAUGGCAAAAGUUCUGGGAAAGUUACCCUGAAACUGGAGGCCAGUGCUGAUAGUUCCAAGGAAACUGGUGGGGGAGAGCCUGUAACUGCAGAGACUGAAUCAGAAUCUAAAAAUCCUGCAUCGGAAAGCAAAACCCAGAUAGACGAGAAUGCUCCAUCAGCCAAGGAAGUUCCUCCUGACAACAAGUUCGAGAAACGGAUUAGGCCAGAUGUUAUCCCUGCAAAUGAGAUUGGAGUGACUUUUGCUGAUAUCGGAGCAUUGGAGGAGAUCAAAGAGUCACUACAGGAGCUUGUGAUGCUCCCUCUGCGGCGGCCAGACCUUUUCAAAGGUGGGCUUCUUAAGCCCUGCAAAGGCAUCUUACUUUUCGGGCCACCUGGUACUGGGAAAACCAUGCUGGCAAAAGCCAUUGCAAAUGAGGCUGGGGCAAGUUUCAUCAAUGUGUCAAUGUCAACCAUCACUUCAAAACGGUUUGGAGAAGAUGAAAAGAAUGUUCGAGCAUUGUUCACUCUAGCAGCAAAGGUCUCCCCAACCAUCAUUUUCGUGGAUGAGGUUGACAGCAUGCUUGGACAGAGAACCAGAGAUGGAGAGCAUGAGGCCAUGAGGACGAUUAAAAAUGAAUUCAUGACUCACUGGGAUGGCUUGCUGACCAAAGCCAGUGAGAGGAUUCUUGUUCUUGCUGCAACCAACAGACCAUUUGACCUUGAUGAAGCCAUUAUUAGGCGUUUUGAACGAAGAAUCAUGGUUGGUCUUCCAUCUCUGGAAAACAGGGAAAUGAUCUUGAGAACUCUUCUGUCAAAGGAAAAGGUGGAAAAUCUUGACUUCAAGGAGCUUGCAGUCAUGACAGAAGGAUAUACUGGAAGUGAUCUCAAGAACUUGUGUGUGACAGCAGCAUAUCGACCUGUAAGGGAUUUGAUACAGAAGGAGAGGACGAAGGAUAUGGAAAGGAAGAAAAGAGAGGCAGCAGGCAAGAGCUCUGAGGAUGCUUCAGACUUGAUAGAAGAAGGCAAAGAAGAAAACAAAGAGGAGCGUGUAAUUGAAUUAAGACCUCUGAACAUGGAGGAUCUGAGGCAAGCAAAAAAUCAGGUUGCUGCAAGUUUUGCUACAGAGGGAGCAGUAAUGAGCGAGCUAAAGCAAUGGAAUGAGCUAUACGGGGAAGGAGGUUCAAGGAAGAAGCAGCAGUUAACUUACUUCCUUUAGAUUGUAGAAAGCUGGAAACUUCUCAAGUCUCAACAACACAAACUCUUUUACCUGGAGAAUGAAGAAAGAUUUUAGAAGGGAAUUAUCAUGCAACUUCUCCAGGGAUAGAAAUGGUGGCAUUGUUAGCAACAGAAAUCCUGAAAAAGCACUUGCUGUUUGUUCAGUAUCUGUCCUGUAAUUAGGAAAUUAUCCUGGAAAGUACUAUUAGGGAAGGGUUCUGGGUGUGGAUAAGGUACAUUAUGUGAAUGUAUUGAGGUAACUGGGAUGCUUGGAACUUCAUAUUGGAUUGUUUUGAUGAUGUUGUGCAGUGUAAAAACUACUUCAUUAAUAGUAUUUGUAAAUUAGUAUUGUGUAAA